GAGAACAACGGUCGGGCAUCUUGAACGGAGUCUUCAAUUCUUAUUAUUCCUCAGUGCUAGGCGUAAAUCGGACAAUUUGUAUUAAUAAAACCCCAUAAUACAACACCCUUUGAAAUGCAGGGGAUCAUCAACUUGACAAAAAUGAUCCGCUCAAACGCGCCCAUUCUCUCAGUUUGAGUCUGCGUGCACGUUAACUGGAGACUCCCAGCGUCGUCCGGGCUCCUGACACUGUGACUGAAUGGAAUCUCACUGCCAUACAGAACUACGGCUCCCAGAAUCCAAGCCUCCUUUUACCGGCCUAAACGUCACAUUCCUGCAUUCCCCGGUGUCUGGAAGCGUAAUCUUUUCUUUCCGAACACAUUUCUCUCCUGAGAAAUACACCGAUGACACGGCGGGUUUAAUAUCAGGAGGUUCUUCAGGAUUCCCCCAGCUGUCCGAAUCCAAGAUUUGGGUCCCUCCCUCCUCCUUCCCUCCGUCCCCCGGCAGGUGGCAGGCAGCAGGUCGCCAUGGAGAACUCGUCUGUGGCGUCAGCGUCCUCAGAGGCUGGCAGCACGCGCUCGCAGGAGAUUGAGGAGCUGGAGCGCUUCAUCGACAGCUACGUGCUGGAGUACCAGGUGCAAGGCCUGCUGGGAGAUAAGAACGAGGCAGACCUGGACGGAGACAACAAGCCCCAGUCCCACAUCUCACAGUGGACAGAGGACUGCAAUGACAGGAAAGAUGGGAGUUGGUCAUCCUCACGGGGGAGGGGCUCCACCAAACCGGAUGAGUGGGAUCACAGUAGUAAUGGCAGUACAGGGUCCAGGCCCAGCUCUGGUUCAAGGCCUGGUUCAGGUUCUAGGUCUGGCAGCAGAGGGAGGAACAACCAGUUCAGAGGGCCAGCCAAGGUACAGAACGGCAACAGAGAAGGGUCAUUUGACAUCCUGGGUACUGAUAUCUGGGCUGCUAACACCAUGGACUCUCAUGGGGGGGCGACAUGGGACCUCCAGCCUGAGAAGCUAGACUUCAGUCAGUUCCACAGGAAACCCUUCAGAGGAACACCAAAGCAUCUACCACACAUCGACAGAGAGGGGAUGAUGAAAGGCAAGUUUGAAGAUGAUGAUGAUGGCAUCGACCUGAAUGACAUGGAGAAGUUCCUGCCAGGCCUUACUGGUUUCCUGCCCCUGCCUAAUGAAGCAGAGAUCGCACACACCAAAACGCUCUUCCGACGCAGGAGGAACGACCGACGAGGGUUGCACCACAUCAUCCAGGACCAUCUAGACCUAACCGUGCUGCUGCCGCCCGGGGGGAAACGACUGGUCAGUACCAGGAGACAGCAGCAGCAGAGACCUCCAGGAGGAGGAGGAGACAGGAAGACCCAGAAUCCUCAGCAGCAGUCGCCACAACGACAACAACCUCCAUCUCAACAACAACCGGUCAAUCAGCAACAGAAUGACCAGCAGCAGCCCGGGCCAGGGGGUCAUGGUAGAUACCCUCGUGACCAACAGCAGCAGCGUGGAGGUAGCCACGGGCAACAAUUCCAGGGCCACGGCGGGCAGCGUCAGGGACCUCCCCACCACGGCUAUAGCCAGAAUCGCCGCUGGCACCACAACCAGAAGGGGCAGGGGGUAGGACAGGGACUGCAGGGGCAAGGGGGCCCGUCAGGUGAUAGACAGGGGGCAACCACAACAGGAGACAGGGACAGGGCACCAACGGGAGACAGGGACAGGGCACCAACGGGAGACAGGGACAGAGGGGCACCAACGGGAGACAGGGACAGAGGGGGGCACCAACGGGAGACAGGGACAGAGGGGGCACCAACGGGAGACAGGGACAGAGGGGGGCACCAACGGGAGACAGGGACAGAGGGGGCACCCACAACGGGAGACAGGGACAGAGGGGCACCAACGGGAGACAGGGACAGAAUGGGGGCACCCACAACGGGAGACAGGGACAGAAUGGGGGCACCCACAACGGGAGACAGGGGCAGGGCACCAACGGGAGACAGGGACAGAAUGGGGGCACCCACAACGGGAGACAGGGACAGGGGGCACCAACGGAGACAGGGACAGGGGGCACCAACGGGAGACAGGGACAGGGCACCAACGGGAGACAGGGACAGGGGGCACCAACGGGAGACGGGGACCGAGGGGGGCACCAACGGGAGACGGGGACCGAGGGGGGCACCAACGGGAGACUGGGACCGAGGGGGGCAACCAACGGGAGACGGGGACAGAGGGGGCAACCACAACGGGAGACGGGGACCGAGGGGGGCAACCACAACGGGAGACAGGGCAACCACAACGGGAGACAGGGCAACCACAACGGGAGACGGGGACAGAGGGGGGGCAACCACAACGGGAGACGGGGACAGAGGGGGAGCAACCACAACGGGAGACGGGGACAGAGGGGGGGCACCACUCAGAAACACCAAAGAGACAAAGAAUGUGAAGGCAGAGGAGACCAGCACCAGGCUGGAGACAGAGAGCUCCAGGGGCCCCAGUGAGGGGCUUCCCAGCCAGCCUGGGGGCCAGGAGAAGGGCCAGAGCCCGACGGGGAGUGACAAGCACAGGGACAGCCAGCUGGACGAGGGCCCUAAAGUCAGCCUGCUGCAGUCAUCCAAGGAGAGGCUGAGGAGGAGGCUAAAAGACAAGGAGGAGGCUGUGGUGUCUCCGGUCGGGCCCCAGCAGAGCCGCAUGCACCGGCUGCUGGAGAUCCUGAACAGCAUGAGGAGCAACAGAGCCGGGGUGGACAGCCAGCUCAGCUCCUUCAUGGAGGAGGCCCAGAGCUCGACCCAGUCAGAGGAGACCCUGGCCCAGAUAGUCAGCACCAUCUAUGACAAGGCCCUCAGCGACAGGAGCUUUGCUGCUACUGCUGCAAGGCUCUGUGACAAGAUGGCCCUGUUCAUGGUGGAGGGGACCAAGUUUAGGUCACUACUGCUCAAUAUGUUACAGAAGGACUUCUCUCGUCGGGUGGAGCUGCAGGCGUCUGAUGUGGAGCUUUGGUUGGGAUUCAUCACCUUCCUGUGUGAGGUUUUUGGAACCAUGAGGUCCAGCGCUGGAGAACCGUUUAGGGUGUUGGUCUGUCCUAUAUACACCUGUCUCCGAGAGCUGCUGCAGUCUCCCGAGGUCAAGGAGGAUGCAGUCCUCUGUUGUUCUAUGGAGCUGCAGUCCACAGGUCAUCUCCUGGAGGAGCAGCUUCCAGAGAUGAUGACUGAGCUCCUUGCCACAGCCAGAGACAAGAUGCUGUGUCCGGCUGAGUCCCAGCUGACCCGCUCCCUCCUCAUGGAGGUCAUUGAGCUGCGUGCCCAUCAUUGGACCCCUCUGGAGGCCCUCACCACACAGUACUACAACAGGACCAUUCAGAAGCUCACCACCGCCUAGCCACCCAGGUCCCAGGCCUGGACCUAGGUUCACACGUCUUCGGGUCUCUCUUGAAAAAUACAUUUUAUUUCAAUAAGACUACCUGGUUAAAUCAAAUAAAAAAGGUCCACUUGUCUGACAUAGGGAGGCCUUAACUGGGUUGAUAGCUAGGAGGCAUGGCACCGUACCGGGUGGCAGUACAGAAUUUAUCCGGGGACGAAAGGGUUUAGGUUACGGUUUGGGGAUGAGACAGAAACGUGAAACCAUGCAUAAACAAGACAAACACUACACACACAACUAAAAGGACUGGCCAUGCUGCCUGUUCCAACGAGACGGGAGGAGGACAAAGAGUGGUUGUGAGACGCAUAGAGGAGAAGGGUGUGUGGGGGUACAGGGUCGGGUAACAGCCGUCUCUGGGGAACAGAGGGUCUCCUCGGAGGUUAAAAAGAGAAAGUGGUGUCCAGAGGGACAUUUCAUUCUCUAUCUCCUUUGUGCUUGUUUGCCAACUACCCCCCCUAUCUGUUUCCUCUCUCCUCCUCCUCUCAGCUCUAGACCGCUUCCACCCCUAUCUGUUUCCUCUCUCCUCCUCCUCUCAGCUCUAGACCGCUUCCACCCCUAUCUGUUUCCUCUCUCUCUUUCCUCCUCUCAGCUCUAGACCCCUUCCACCCCUAUCUGUUUCCUCUGUCUCUCCUCCUCCUCUCAGCUCUAGACCCCUUCCACCCCUAUCUGUUUCUUCUGUCUCUCCUCCUCCUCUCAGCUCUAGACCCCUUCCACCCCUAUCUGUUUCCUCUCUCUCCUCCUCCUCUCAGCUCUAGACCCCUUCCACCCCUAUCUGUUUCCUCUCUCUCCUCCUCCUCUCAGCUCUAGACCCCUUCCACCCCUAUCUGUUUCCUCUCUCUCCUCCUCCUCUCAGCUCUAGACCCCUUCCACCCCUAUCUGUUUCCUCUCUCUCCUCCUCUCAGCUCUAGACCCCUUCCACCCCUAUCUGUUUCCUCUCUCUCCUCCUCCUCUCAGCUCUAGACCCCUUCCACCCCUAUCUGUUUCCUCUCUCUCCUCCUCCUCUCAGCUCUAGACCCCUUCCACCCCUAUCUGUUUCCUCUGUCUCUCCUCCUCCUCUCAGCUCUAGACCCCUUCCACCCCUAUCUGUUUCCUCUGUCUCUCCUCCUCCUCUCAGCUCUAGACUCCUUCCACCCCUAUCUGUUUCCUCUCUCUCCUCCUCCUCUCAGCUCUAGACCCCUUCCACCCCUUUCUGUUUCCUCUGUCUCUCCUCCUCCUCUCAGCUCUAGACCCCUUCCACCCCUAUCUGUUUCCUCUCUCUCCUCCUCCUCUCAGCUCUAGACCCCUUCCACCCCUAUCUGUUUCCUCUCUCUCCUCCUCCUCUCAGCUCUAGACCCCUUCCACCCCUAUCUGUUUCCUCUCUCUCCUCCUCCUCUCAGCUCUAGACCCCUUCCACCCCUAUCUGUUUCCUCUCUCUCCUCCUCCUCUCAGCUCUAGACCCCUUCCACCCCUAUCUGUUUCCUCUCUCUCCUCCUCCUCUCAGCUCUAGACCCCUUCCACCCCUAUCUGUUUCCCCUAUCUCUCCUCCUCCUCUCAGCUCUAGACCCCUUCCACCCCUGUUUCCCCCUCUGUCUCUCCUCCUCCUCUCAGCUCUAGACCCCUUCCACCCCUAUCUGUUUCCUCUGUCUCUCCUCCUCCUCUCAGCUCUAGACCCCUUCCACCCCUUUCUGUUUCCUCUCUCUCCUCCUCCUCUCAGCUCUAGACCCCUUCCACCCCUAUCUGUUUCCUCUCUCUCCUCCUCUCAGCUCUAGACCCCUUCCACCCCUAUCUGUUUCCUCUGUCUCUCCUCCUCUCAGCUCUAGACCCCUUCCACCCCUAUCUGUUUCCUCUCUCUCUUUCCUCCUCUCAGCUCUAGACCCCUUCCACCCCUAUCUGUUUCCUCUCUCUCCUCCUCCUCUCAGCUCUAGACCCCUUCCACCCCUAUCUGUUUCCUCUCUCUCCUCCUCCUCUCAGCUCUAGACCCCUUCCACCCCUAUCUGUUUCCUCUCUCUCCUCCUCUCAGCUCUAGACCCCUUCCACCCUAUCUGUUUCCUCUGUCUCUCCUCCUCUCAGCUCUAGACCCCUUCCACCCCUGUUUCCCCCGUCUCUCCUCCUCCUCUCAGCUCUAGACCCCUUCCACCCCGGGGUCUAUGUGGCUGGCUGGGGGAGCAUGCCUCCCUCUAGUUUGUCCCCUCACCAGGUGACCCUCUCUGCCCCUCCACAGGCCUGCCUGCCUACCUCCCCCCAGGCGACCCUCCAACCCCCCAGGCAACAUGGGACAGGCCUGCUUUAGUCCCCUGCCAGAUGCCUAUUGUGUGGCUGAGACACUGGGCCUGGUCUGCUGGCCUGUUUUGACUGGCUGGCUUGCUGGCAGAUGGCUAACGUUACUGGAAGAAGACUCAAGUGGGCUGGCUGCAUGACACACACAGGCCAACCCAGGCUACCCCAGCCAGGCCCCUGACAGAGAGGGCACACUGGGUCUGUCGUGGGGGACUUGAGGACUUGGGGGGGAGAAGCAUCAAACCACUGCUUUGUUGAGGCUUCUUUGUCGUUGUCCUUUUGGGAGGGGUUUAAUAUCCUCGCUUGUGUUACCUUCUGUGUUAAUAUUAUCAUUGCUAUUUCUUUUAAAUCAGGUUUAAAUAUGUAUGAUUAUGGAAUAUUUUAGGGCUGAUCUGUUGCACAGGUUUGAUUUGUUUUACAUGUUUUUAAGGCGAUUAUUUGCUUUAAAAAUAUUCAAAAAUAACAAAUACAUUUUGACAGUGGUAUUGUGUACUAGCAUUAAAGGAUCCUCUAGCAUUAAAGGAUCCUCUAGCAUUAAAGGAUCCUCUAGCAUUAAAGGAUCCUCUAGCAUUAAAGGAUCCUCUAGCAUUAAAGGUUUGAGGUGUUGGUUGACUAGACUGAGAGGGACGGUUUGAGGUGUUGGUUGACUAGACUGAGAGGGAAGGUUUGAGGUGUUGGUUGACUAGACUAAGAGGGAAGGUUUGAGGUGUUGGUUGACUAGACUGAGAGGGAAGGUUUGAGGUGUUGGUUGACUAGACUAAGAGGGAAGGUUUGAGGUGUUGGUUGACUAGACUGAGAGGGAAGGUUUGAGGUGUUGGUUGACUAGACUGAGGGAAGGUUUGAGGUGUUGGUUGACUAGACUAAGAGGGAAGGUUUGAGGUGUUGGUUGACUAGACUGAGAGGGAAGGUUUGAGGUGUUGGUUGACUAGACUAAGAGGGAAGGUUUGAGGUGUUGGUUGACUAGACUAAGAGGGAAGGUUUGAGGUGUUGGUUGACUAGACUAAGAGGGAAUGUUUGAGGUGUUGGUUGACUAGACUGAGAGGGAAGGUUUGAGGUGUUGGUUGACUAGACUGAGGGAAGGUUUGAGGUGUUGGUUGACUAGACUGAGAGGGAAGGUUUGAGGUGUUGGUUGACUAGACUGAGAGGGAAGGUUUGAGGUGUUGGUUGACUAGACUGAGAGGGAAGGUUUGAGGUGUUGGUUGACUAGACUGAGGGAAGGUUUGAGGUGUUGGUUGACUAGACUGAGGGAAGGUUUGAGGUGUUGGUUGACUAGACUGAGAGGGAAGGUUUGAGGUGUUGGUUGACUAGACUGAGAGGGAAGGUUUGAGGUGUUGGUUGACUAGACUGAGAGGGAAGGUUUGAGGUGUUGGUUGACUAGACUAAGAGGGAAGGUUUGAGGUGUUGGUUGACUAGACUGAGAGGGAAGGUUUGAGGUGUUGGUUGACUAGACUGAGAGGGAAGGUUUGAGGUGUUGGUUGACUAGACUGAGGGAAGGUUUGAGGUGUUGGUUGACUUGACUGAGGGAAGGUUUGAGGUGUUGGUUGACUAGACUGAGAGGGAAGGUUUGAGGUGUUGGUUGACUAGACUAAGAGGGAAGGUUUGAGGUGUUGGUUGACUAGACUAAGAGGGAAGGUUUGAGGUGUUGGUUGACUAGACUGAGAGGGAAGGUUUGAGGUGUUGGUUGACUAGACUGAGAGGGAAGGUUUGAGGUGUUGGUUGACUAGACUGAGGGAAGGUUUGAGGUGUUGGUUGACUAGACUGAGAGGGAAGGUUUGAGGUGUUGGUUGACUAGACUAAGAGGGAAGGUUUGAGGUGUUGGUUGACUAGACUAAGAGGGUUUGAGGUGUUGGUUGACUAGACUGAGAGGGAAGGUUUGAGGUGUUGGUUGACUAGACUGAGAGGGAAGGUUUGAGGUGUUGGUUGACUAGACUGAGAGGGAAGGUUUGAGGUGUUGGUUGACUAGACUGAGAGGGAAGGUUUGAGGUGUUGGUUGACUAGACUGAGGGAAGGUUUGAGCAGUUGGUUGACUAGACUGAGGGAAGGUUUGAGGUGUUGGUUGACUAGACUGAGGGAAGGUUUGAGGUGUUGGUUGACUAGACUGAGGGAAGGUUUGAGGUGUUGGUUGACUACACUAAGAGGGUUUGAGGUGUUUGUUGACCUGACGAAGAGGGAAGGUUUGGCUAGAAGGAAGAAUCAUAGACGUGGUCGGUUUGAAGUCAGUCAGAAGAGUGGCCUUGUCAUCUAUUAUAAUACAUUAAUGGAGUUGCGUCCUGUUUUAAAAAUGAAGGCUGGGAGGUAGAGCGUGCUUGUUGAAACGGAGUGGCCGAAUUUGAGUUUAUUAUUUCUUGCAAAAUGAAAUGUAGCUCCUUUAAGAGGAGGAAGAAACAAGCAUGAUAAAAUCCUUCUUCAAAUGGUCUCCUGUUCAAGCAGCCAUUUUGCAAGUCUUUAUAUCUGUAUAAUGAUGACAUCUUUUAAUCUGUUAUUUUACAGAUUAUUUUUAUGAUAUAAUGUAGGUUGCUAGUAUGUGAUUCGCAUUAUUCUGGCUUCUGCAAAUGUGUUUACCACGAUAUUGACGUUUACCAACCCACUCAUCAUUCUAUCGUUUGAUGGGCUGUAUGUACAGUAAUGGCCCGUAUUUAAGAAAACAGAACGAGUGCUCAGCGGGAAUGGUACAAACAGUGACUAUGGCUACAUCCUAUUUAGCUUUAGGGUUGAAUAGGGUUGUGUGGAUAGGAAGGUGGUCUUUCUAUGUCUUCUUACUAUGGCUUCAGGUCAUGUUGAAUGAACUGCUCUGUCUGGGACAGUCUGUCAGUCCUACGACUACUAGUGUUACUUGCUCCUGAUUUCCCAUUGAAUUGAAUCUCUCUGGGAAGUUUUGUGUUAUUUUUUUUUUCCUGUCUUGCAUCAAGAAUCCAAAUCUUUAAGGUAGUCACACACCCAAGUCACUAGGAGGGUCUUGAAUUGAAACAUAUAUAUAUAAUGAGUUGGGAGAUCUAUACAAACCCAUCCGUCUAAGUGUGCGCAUGCCUAUGAGCUGAUUUUAUUUAUUUUAUUUGAGGUUUUUAUUUAAAAUGUUCAUUUUAGUUUUUAUUUUAUCAAUGGGUUUUGAUUUUAAGUGACUGAAUCCAUUGUGAUACCGAUGAUCUCUUUCCUGGUAAGUGUGGUAUUACUGUGAUAUUUUAGAUUGAAAGCUAUGCUGUAGUGCUAUUGGCCGAUUCUGGUUCCAUAUGCAAUGUAGUGACUCAUUGAAACACAACGGGUUCCUUCCUCAUCUGUGACACUGGGCCUCCCGGCGCCCUCCGACACUUGACCUUUAGGUCACGUGACGUACCCGACUAUUGAAUGCAACGCACCUCCAUUUGCAUGUCAUUGACAUUGGAAGGAGGGAGACAGAAUGAGAUGGGAGGUGUUGGCGUGGUUACUCAAGCGAGGCAAGCUAGUCUCCCAGCCAGAGGGUGAUGAUGAGCUGUAGAAUUUGUGGUUGGUCGUCAAUUUGUUUUUUUUUGUUUUUUAUUAAGCAAUUGAAAAAAUAAACUAACUGAAAAGAGAAGUGGAAAAAAUGUGUGUGAACUGUGUUUUUUCCCCAUACGUCCGUCUGUUCAUAUUCAGCAGCUGUAUUGAUGUCUGGACAUUUUCCCCUUAUCCUGAGGACAUCUCCCCCUUCAGCCACUAAAACCUCUCUGUUUUAGGGGAAAACAUCUUGUAUGUCUUAUGUCUUAGCCUUGUCUCAAACAGAAUGCAUGUAUUACAGUUGAAGUCGGAAGUUUACAUACACUUAGGUUGGAGUCAUUAAAACUCGUUUUUCAACCACUCCACACAUUUCUUGUUAACAAACUAUAAUUUUGGCAAGUCUGGUUAGGACAUCUACUUUGUGCAUGACCCAAGUAAUUUCUCCAACAAUUGUUUACAGACAGAUUAUUUGGUGUGAAAAGUGCAAAUCAAUCCCAGAACAACAGCAAAGGACCUUGUGAAGAUGCUGUAAAACGAGUCCUAUAUCGACAUAACCUGAAAGGCUGCUCGGCAAGGAAGAAGCCACUGCUCCAAAACCGCCAUAAAAUAGCCAGACUAUGGUUUGCAACUGCACAUGGGGACAAAGAUUGUACUUUUUGGAGAAAUGGCCUCUGGUCUGAUCAAACAAAAAUGUAACUGGCCAUAAUGACCAUCGUUAUGUUUGGAGGUAAAAGGGGGAGGCCUGCAAGCCAAAGAACACCAUCCCAACUGAAGCACGGGGGUUGGCAGCAUCAUGUUGUGGGGGUGCUUUGCUGCAGGAGGGACUGGUGCACUUCACAAAAUAGAUGGCCUCAAUCCUAUAGAACAUUUGUGGGCAGAACUGAGAAAGCGGGUGCGAGCAAGGAGGCCUACAAACCCGACUCAGUUACACCAGCUCUGUCAGUAGGAAUGGGCCAAAAUUCACGCAACUUAUUGUGGGAAGCUUGUGGAAGGCUCCCCGAAACAUUUGACCCAAGUUAAACAAUUUAAAGGCAAUGCUACCAAAUACUAAUUGAGUGUAUGUAAACUUCUGACCCACUGGGAAUGUGAUGAAAGAAAUAAAAGCUGAAAUAAAUCAUUCUCUACUAUUA